AUGUACUCGAAACUCUCCUCCUCGACAUCUCCUGCCUUGCUUCUCCUCGUCCACCCCACGUCGCUGUGCAAUCCCCCGGCAUUUACGACCCCCAACCAAAGGUUCCUCAACGUCCAGCGGGGGAGGAGAACCUCGGCGCCAAUGUGUCAAAACCAGCUAAGCUCCAUCUUCCUCUCGCGUCCCCUCCAUUCCGAAUUCGUGUCCACUCCGGCCGGGAGCUCCCCCUUUGACCUCCUUGGGACUCUAUCGCGCCUGAAGCUGCUAUCCGACUUGCCGGUGGAUCAAGGUUUUCCAACCAGAACUCUGCUAGAGUCUUGCAUAAGCAUUACCCUGUCACCUACAGCCUAUCUCAAGCUCUUCCCGUUCUGA